AUGACUGACGACUCUGAACCUGUCCCUCCACCCUACAGUCCAGACGAUCCCUUGGGAGAGUCCACUUCUGCGCAGCGGAAGCUUGUUGAUGGCACUCUGACACCUAGUGCGAACACUGACCAUAGAGCCUUUCCAUUUUAUGGCCAUGCUGUUGGAGAAGCUGGGGCUCUCGCGGUUACAGUGAGUACUCGGCACUGCAUUGAGCAUCGGGUGUCUCAGCAGCAAACCUCCUUACCCAGCCCACAAAGAGGUAGCAAGAUGCAGCCAGAUUCACAGAACAUGCACUACCUCGGAGGAGAAGAAAUCGCUGACAUACCAACGAAGCACCCAGUACCUUCCGGGCUACUUUCAGCAAGCCUUGUCGCCAGCCUUGCUGUACAAGCUGUAGCCCGUCGUGUAGAGCAGCGAACAGGUGAUAUAAGCUGCGCUGGACGUCGCCAGUACCGGGGUUCACCCUCACAUCGACCACGUUGUUCGCGCAAGAAAUUCGGGCCCGCUUAUACGACCGACCAUGCUGCAGAAGCUGAGGAAAAUGGUACGAUACAUUCAACAGUUCCACUCCCGUCUCCAGCAAGUGAAUGCUCCAUGAGCGCACACUCAGCGGAGAACUCCGACUCCACCAACCUCUCCAAGCUCUCGAAAUCAAUGGCAGACAUGAACCUCACAAAACGACACAGAGGUACCGGCGCCACAACUUCCAGCCAUGCUGACACGAGGAUAUCGUCUCCGGACAGCAAAGCCAUGGUAGCAUCUCCGCCCACCUUCUCAAAUCCUCCUCUACUUCUUAAUAGACCUGAACGUCGCGCUCUGAAGUCCGACCUCAAGGCUCUAAAGCAUGAGAUCAGAGCAGCAGCCCGGCAAGUCAGAACUGAGCGGAGAGAAGAAGCUAGAAACAGAGGGGAGAAACGCUACAGGGCCAUGAGUUUCCAGGAGAAGAGCGAGUUAAGAGCGUGGAAGAGAGAGAGUUUGGGGGAAGUUAGAAAGGUGGCAAGGAGCGUAAGGAGGGCUAGGAGAAGUCGUGCUUGA